AUGUCAGAUCCAAACACAACUGACUUCACCAACCCCUCCACCUUCAUCCUGCAGGGCAUCCCUGGUCUGGAGAUGGCCCAUGUCUGGAUCUCCAUCCCCUUCUGUGCCAUGUACAUCAUAGCCCUCUUGGGGAACUUCACCAUCCUGUUCAUUGUGAAGAUGGAACCGAGCCUCCAUGAGCCCAUGUACUAUUUCCUCUGCAUGCUGGCUGUGACUGACCUAGUUCUGUCCACGUCCAUCACACCUAAAAUGCUGAGCAUCUUCUGGUUCCAUUCCAGGGAGAUCAAUUUCAAUGCCUGCUUCAGCCAGAUGUACUUCAUUCACUCCUUCACAGCAAUUGAGUCUGGGAUCUUUGUGGCCAUGGCUUUGGAUCGAUACGUGGCCAUCUGCCAUCCCCUGAGACAUUCCACCAUCCUCACAAACCAUGUGGUGGCCAAGAUCGGCCUGGCCGUGGUGCUGCGUGGAGGCAUAUUCAUGCUUCCCCAUCCUUUCUUGGCAAGGAAAUGGCCAUAUUGCAAAACCAACAUUAUCCCUCACUCGUAUUGCGAGCACAUGGCUGUGGUGAAGCUGGCCUGUGCCGACAUCCGUGUCAGUAGUUUCUACAGUCUCUUUGUGAUAUUUUUCAUUACUUGUUUGGAUGUGUUUUUCAUCACUCUGUCCUAUACUCAGAUCCUCAGGGACAUAUUCAGCCUCCCCACAAAGGACGCCCGGAUCAAGACUUUUGGAACGUGCAUCUCCCAUCUUUGCGCCAUCUUAGCCUUUUACAUUCCAGCUCUUUUCUCCUUCCUGACACACAGGUUUGGCCAGAAUGUGUCCCUGGAAUUCCACAUUCUCAUGGCCAACAUCUAUCUCCUAUUGCCCCCCAUGCUAAACCCCAUUGUCUACGGUGUGAGGACCAAACAAAUCCGGGACAGGCUGCUCCAGCUCUUUGCUCAUAGAUGGUCGUUAAGUUUUCUCAUGGUGCUCUGGCUCUCACGCUGA